AGAAGUUUAAUUUUUUCUCGAGAAAAUCCGGAUAUUUUUCUCGAGAAAAUUGAGUAAUAUGAAAUUACAAAAACUCUCGAUUCUGUUACUGGUCCUUUUGAUUAUUCAAUCAAAGGCGGUGUUGGGGAUUCAAGAUCAAUCUACAUCGAAACAAGCUUACGCGACGCUGCUUUACGGAGAUGAGUUCCUUUUAGGGGUCCGGGUUUUAGGGAAAUCGAUAAGGGACACUGGAUCAACUAAAGACAUGGUCGUUUUGGUCUCCGAUGGUGUCUCUGAUUAUGCUAAGAAGCUUCUAAAGGCUGAUGGGUGGAUAGUGGAGAUGAUAAGUUUAUUGGCAAAUCCGAAUCAAGUUCGGCCAAAGAGAUUUUGGGGUGUUUACACCAAAUUGAAAAUUUUUAAUAUGACUAACUACGAGAAAGUUGUAUAUCUUGAUGCAGAUACUAUAGUAGUCAAAAGCAUUGAAGAUAUCUUUAAAUGUGAGAAAUUCUGUGCAAAUUUGAAGCAUUCCGAGAGGCUGAAUUCAGGAGUCCUGGUGGUGGAACCAUCUGAAGCUAUUUUCAAUGACAUGAUGAGCAAAGUCAAUACUUUGCCUUCUUAUACUGGAGGAGAUCAGGGUUUUCUGAAUUCUUAUUACUCUGAUUUCCCAAAUGCCCAUGUUUUUGACCCUAAUAUACCUGAGGAGGUAUUGAAAUCCCGUCCUGCUCCUAAGAUGGAACGACUCUCUACUUUAUACAAUGCGGAUGUUGGUCUUUAUGUGCUUGCCAACAAGUGGAUGGUAGAUGAGAGUGAACUUCGUGUAAUUCACUAUACCCUCGGUCCCCUUAAACCUUGGGAUUGGUGGACAUCUUGGCUCUUAAAACCGGUUGAUGUAUGGCAGAAUAUUAGGGAACAGCUUGAUGAAUCCCUUCCUGGAACUGGAGGAGGCAAAAAUCCAAAUGAUGAGCUUAUAGUCAAAUUCCUUUUCCUCUUACCUUUCUGUGCUUUACUUUUUUGUUUCUAUCGUUCUUUCCAUCAGACUGCGGGCUCGCUUUGCAGAACUCCAUUAUGCAAUCAAAUCAGAUACCUUUACCACAUACUUGGGUCCAGUGGAACCGUUGCUUACACUAGUGUUUCUCCAUCUACUACAGUUAACCCAAACAGUCAAUUUUCUAACGGUGCACAGACGAAGGUGCCUGCGUACUUGGGUGGAGUUUCAGUUUUUGUAUGUUUUAUGACUGCUUUGGUGUCCCUUGGAAUUUCAAUUUCAAUUGUGCCUCGACAAGUGAUGCCAUGGACUGGUUUGCUCUUGAUGUAUGAGUGGACAUUCACAAUUUUCUUUCUUUUGUUCGGAGCUUUUCUUCAUUUGAUUUAUCAGUGGGGGAAAACAGCAACUCAGUCGGGAUCAGUUGCUUCUCGUACUGAUUCUUUCGAUUCAGAUUCUAGAAAAGGUUAUCAACGGCAGCCAUCAUCGUCCUGUGAUAUGGUUACUUGGUUUUACGGGUUGGGGAUGGCUUUCUUGGCUAUCGCAGCCCCAUCCUUACCAUUUAUUUUCGGGAUCACCGCUCUGUUCCCAAGGUUGGGUCUGAUGGUUGUCGGAGGGCUUGUAUUAGCGUCGUUCAUGACAUAUGCUUCGGAACAUCUAGCAAUUAGGUCAUUUUUGAAAGGUCUUGAAGACCGAAACACCACUCGUUCGAGGAGUGCAUGUUUCUCGUGUUGAAAGAAAGCUUGAAAAUGGUUGUAGUACUUACCAGCAAGCAGUGCAGGCUUCCUUCAAAUUUGUGUUUUGUUUGACAUUUAAUCACAUAAGUUCUUUUAUUUUUAA